AGCCCAAAUACGCUGAAUGGUUUAUUAAAAGAGCUUAGUAUAAAGUCCGAUGGCGGUAUAUUUGCUUUGCCAGAAUCGAAGUUUCGAAAUCCUGAAACUCCCGUAGAAAUGAAUUUUCAAAUGAGCACUAUUUUUCUGAAGAAAAACCUCCAAGGCAAGGAAGAGGAUGUUUCAUUUGCGGUGGACUCGGACGUUACGGGGCUAAAUAUCAUCGUUGAUCCCAUUAAUACUGCGAGUGUCGUUCUUUCGUCUGCCGGAGGGCUUAAAAUGUAUUUUUCCAAAAAUGCGAUCGGAGAUGACGCCAAGAAAUUUUCGACCCAAUCGUUUUCCGAAUACCAAGAAGACGUUUUGGAAGUACACUUGAAUUUCUCCGGGAAACUAAGCACCACGGGUGUUUGGAAAAUCGCAGUGGAGGGUGCCGAUUGGUUAUAUAACGUUGCCGUAUUUGGUUUCACUAGUAUCGUAGCCCAAGCAUUUAUCGAUAAAAAGAUAGUUUCAGAUUAUAAAUUUCCGAAGGAUAUUGUGAAAUUGGGCGUAUCAGGGAAUGUGCGUGAGAUCACCGACAUCUUUUUUGUUGAUAAUAUCGGACAUUCAGCAAGUAACUUUACUUACAAGUUUAACGAAAGUGAAAAGUAUGUCGCCGGAGAUAACAAAACCCAACACGUCAAUAUUGAAAUCGACAAAAAUCCGAACAUCCAACUUCCUUUGUAUGCGCUUAUUAAGGGGAAAGAUGCUCAAGGACAUACUUUCGAGCGUCUAGGUUACGUCGGCAAUCACAGAGGUCUCUUUCCGUCUGAUCCCUUAACUGUUGAUGUUGGAGUGGGAUCGGAAUUAAUAACGAAAGGGCAGAGUCGCCCUCAGGUGUUUUUUGAAGUGACAAACCAAGGCAACGAUGUCGUUACAGUAACGUUUACGUGUAGCGAUCAGAAGUAUAUAUUGCAAUCGUUGUCAACUUAUAGGAAGGUAUUAAGCCCUUUAGAAAGUACGAUAGUGACGCUCACGCUCAACACGAAAGGUGGAGUUUAUCAGGACGAAAUAACGUUCUCAGCCAAAGCGGGAUCUGUUUUUGUGCAGAAAAAAAUUUUGGUCGACGUUGAUUCUUUCAAUUAUUUUGACGAUACCGAACCACGAAUUGAUUACUCAUAUACCAGCGAUUGUACGGACGUAAUUUUUUCUAAAUGCGAAAAAGGAACUUGGACGAUUGAAAUAACGGCCCAGGAUCUGGAUUCGGGCCUUUUGCAAUUAAAUACGAUACCGAAAGGUUUAUACGUCCCGAAUUCUUAUACAGCGGGCACCACAGAAGCUGUAAAAGGGUUCUACAGCGAUAGCUGUUGCAACCCAAACUUGAAAAUAAUUGCCAUAGACCGUUUAAAUAACAGACGUAUUUACACAGUCAACGCAUAUCACGCAAGAUGGAGCCCCGGUGCCAUAGCCGCCUUGGUACUUGGCAUUAUUUUGUUUAUACUGCUGAUUGUCCUAAUAGUGUGGCUGGUGGUGAGGUGGAAGAAACAAAAAGAGAGCUACGAUUUACCCACGUAUCGAGGGGGAGGAAUAUGACAAUUACUGAAUUUAAUCAUUAACGAACAAAAUCGUUUAGAUUUGUGGAGCAAUUUGGCGAUUGAAUCUGAUGUUUCAGGCUCCGAUUCUAGUAGAUCUUAAUGCGGAUUUUCCUUUAUAUUAUUUUUUUCAAUAAAUAUGCGUUAUUUACUUACAAUUCACGCAAAAUUGGCAGUUACGUAAAAAUUACACACCUGAAUUGACAGUUACCACGGGUAACGCUGGUUUUUCCAUUGCGGGGUGUAAAAC